GACAUGGACCCGAUGACGUCAUCCUCGCGUGACGUCAUCGCCGCUCAGGAAGUAAACAAACAUGGCGUCAGAAGGAGGGAAGUUUCAAGCUCAAGAGAUGGAGCCGUCUUUGCUGAGCAUGGAGAAACUGGACCGUUCCAGCCCAGAUCUUUGGCCAGAGCAGAUUCCAGGAGUGUAUGACUUUGCGCCUCUCGUGUCGCCCCAGCUGAGCCCAAACCCAGAGAAUCUCGACCUUGAAGAGCAGGACUACAAUCUCUUGUACCAGUUCCGGUUACUGACAGCUCUAGAAAUCAUCGAAGAAGUAAAGAAACUUCAAAAUGUGGCUUACCAGCUUGGCUUAGAGGAGGCAAAGGAAAUGACUCGUGGAAAAUACCUUCACAUUCUCAGCAGGAAAGAGAAAUGACGUGGAACCAAGAGGAACCAGGAGGUCUUGGGAUAUCAGCAAAUUGUUGAUGAAAUUAGCAAAAAAAGCAAGAAGGUAAUGACUGAGUACAAGAAGGACAUAAGAUAGAAGUUUUCAUUUUUACAGUGGUUUGUGAUAUGAUGUUGAAUCACCUCACCCCUUUGCAAUCUGUGAAUUCCUGUAUCAGGAAUAAAAGGGGUAAUGUUACUAAAUUUUCUAUAGCUUUGCAUAUUUUCUGUAGCCUUUCUUCCAAUGAUAGUUGGUUACUAAUAGAGUGUAGUAGUUUUCAUGUAGGUUUCUCUUAUGCAUUUUGGUGUCAUAUCUAGUAAAUUAUUUUGGGUGGAAAAAAUCAAACCCUUUACAGAUUUUAUUGAUUUUCUAAAUUAGGUCAAAAUAUUGUAGACUAGGACAGAGUAAAUUUGAUAUACGGAUAUAGAUUUGAUUUUUUUAAAAGCUAAUAUAUUCAUUUAAAAUCUAUUCAUUUCAAUCUGUGCUCUAUCAAAAAGUAAUAACAAGUGAUAGAGAAAAUGGUCAUCAUUAAAAAUAUUUAUAGUUACAGUUGUUAAAGCAGUCAGUCAUGCAAAACAAUCACACUUCAUCGUAGAAAGUCAGUUUGAUAAGUGUGGCUUGGUAAUUCCUGGUUGCAUCUCUGUCUGUAGAGAAAAUCACUUUAAAUAUUUUGAUGCAAUCUACUGAUUUUUAUCUGUAAGGUAUUCAGAAAUCGGUAUUUAUGUUUUAUAUAUAUAUGUAGAACCUUUAUGGAAAGUGUAAUACAAUUUACAUUAUCUGUUACAAGUAAAUCACAGCUCAGUAAAACACCUCGAUAGUUACGUUGUUUUGAAUUUGUAUUUGCUAGACUUGUCUUGCAAAAGUAUGUUGUAUAAAGUGUUCAAACAUAAUUGGAUAUUCAAACAGAUAUUCAUAUUGUUUAUAUUAAUAUAUUUCUUUCUUUUUUAUCUUUGCUUUUAGUCAUAGUACUUAUUGUAAUAAUUUAUCUCUUCAUUCUCUUUUUCUAUUGGCAGUACUUAUAGAGUAAAAGUCUCUUUAUUAUCGUUUUACUUUUUUGUUCAUUUGCCACAUGCCAGAUAGUCAUAAGUCUAAGCACUUGCAUUAACUCAUGUCCUUCCCAGUCUAAGAAGUAACAGGUACCAAUAAAAGUCACUUUUAUUAAAGCUGUUUACUAUCCAUACAAUGUGCAGUUGUAAGGAUGAAAAUGUAUAUCACAUUUCUACAUAUUUUUAAAUGAUACAUAGUAUUUACACAAAGAUGACAAGAGUAGUACUGAUCUUAGAGAUUUUAUCAACAGCAAGUGUAAAUAUUAGUUUGCUGGCUCAUGAGGCAUAGGUAUUUACAUGGUACAAAUUAUGAAGACAAGCAAAUAUACUAUUGAAAUAAAUAUGUAAGUUUA